GGAUGGGAGGAGGGGGAUGAGGAGGCGGAGAGAGGAAGAGGAAAAUAAACAUCACAGGAUCGGAGGAGGAGGGUAAAUAAUUGGGAGGGCGCAGUGUCCAGCUUCUCCACCGAACAGCAAACCAGGAAAAAAGUGAGGCUCAGUCGCGGUCAGUGAUGAUUCACCAUCAGGACCAACAUCUGAACUCGGCCUACGGAGGGCAAGGAGGCUCCAACAAUGACUCCUCCUCCACGCUGCAAAACAGGAAGUGUGACAAAGACGGCAACUUCAACUUCCUGCCGGGCAAAGAUAACAAGGGCUCCAUGGGCAAUGGAGGAGGAGACGAGAACCGAAACCAGGUGCGUCCCCGCAACUUGGGCCCGCUGGGUCUUGAUCCUCCAAACUCCUCCUCGUCUUCUGGGUAUCACCACAACUCAGGCAUCUUGUCGCCGCGCUCCCGCAUGCCCUGCUGGAGCCCCCUGGAGCCGCUGCCCGAAAUCGAGUGCGGGGAUGACGGGUACGGCCGAGUGCCCCCCGACGGAGCAGAGGAAGGUAGGAUGCAGGAAGAGGAGAGAAGGGUCAUGAUGAGCCGGAAUGAGGAGAAGCAGAGAGAGAAAAGGGAUCAGCAGAGGAGGAAAAGCAGCUCAGGUUUCAGAGGAAGGGAGGAAGAGGACGACGAGGCGGCGCUUGAAGACGGUGACGAAUGGGGCGACAGCGACUCUGAGUCUGAAUUCAGCAACCGGUCCGGCGGCAGCAUGUCCUCCCUCAACAUGGACAGUGGAGGAGAAGGGAUGCUCAUGGGAGGCUGGAACCGCAUCGGAGUUGGGGAACCAAAGUCCAACCACAAUGAAAGUGACCCAAACAGAAACAUCAACAGAGACUCGGCUGGACGAUGCAGAAGCUUUGGCCGCAAGUCGCUGACAGGAAGCAACCUGGAAAAUCUCCUGGAGGAAGGGGCAGAAGAGAAAGACAAAGAUGGUCGGUCUUCAGACUCAGACAACGAGAUCCCAGAGCUGAUGGAUGCGGUGUGGACACUGCGAGACCGCGAACGCUUCAAGGCCGAGGAGAUGGAGAAGCACCAGGUGCAGCUCACCAUGUACCGCCGCCUGGCGCUGAUCCGCUGGGUCCGCACCCUGCAGAGCCGCAUCCAGGAGCAGCAGAACCGCCUGCAGUCCAGCUUCGACGUCAUCCUCACACAGAGGAAGGAACUGCUGCGCAUGGGCGCCGCUGCCGCCGUGGCCAAUGCCACGCCCACUGCUGCUGUCAGCCAGUCAUGAAGAGAGCGAGAUGGGAGGAAACAGGAAGUGGAAGGAAUGUUUUUCUUCUGUUUGCUUCUAUCCUAAAAAAAAGACAAUCUCCCAUCAUCCUGUCUGACAUUUUUAAGUUUCACACAUUAAUGUUGUUGAUUGUAGUGACACAAAAAACUGUUUUUUUUAUUUAUUUACCGGUGUCCCACACAGAACAUCAAUAAAUGUAAUCAACUGAGAGCUGGAAUGACUUGUAUCUACUCCAAAUACGCCAAAUCAAAAUGCAUUCUGGUCAAAGCACUUUGUUGUGGGAUUAAUAUGAUGUUUGUAUUAAAAAAUAUUCUGUGUCCGUACACUGUUCCUGUCUUGACCUGUGUGUAGAAAAAAACACCUGCUGUACCAAAAAAGUAUUGAAAAAUAUAAUGUAGAUUUAACAUAGUAAGAGAUGAUUUAUACCCUGAGAUAAUGCUGUAUAUAGAGAGAUAAUAAGUCAAUUUAAAGAAUAAAUAAAAUGAUCUUAUA